CCACGAGUGGCGGUAGGGCCUUGGAGUGGCGCCGAAGCCCGAACUCAGUGCUUUGCUCAUUCAUCAUUGUGAGCCGCGACUCCGCACCACUCGCUGUCAACUGUGAGCUGGGAGGCGGGGAGGCGUGUGACCUUGAAAGUCAGCCAAUGAGCGUCCGGGCGGACUCAGUCGGCGCUGGGACGCCGUCGCCGCCGUGGCGUUCCGCCUCCGCCCGCUCCGUUUACCAGUGGACGCUGGCGCGUCAGGACCUGUUAGCGCUUUGUGGUAACAGUGCAGUGAAGUGGCUGCGAUCAUAGCAGCCACGAAGAACUCCACUCAGCAUGUGUUUGAUAGUGAUUUAGUGCUCCGGCUCAGCCAUGACGGGAAUAGAAAGUGCGUCGCCAGGCCAGAAGGGACCAUACGGACGGCCGCGGAGCUAUGAUCCCGACUUCCACGGGCCUGUUCAUAAGCGCUCGUGCACGGACAUUCUGUGCGCGCUGCUGUUCUUCGUGUUUAUGAUCGGCUGGGCUGGGGUGGGGGCGUAUGCCAUCUACUACGGCGAUCCGGAGAUUCUCGCCUUUCCGACUGAUUCAGAUGGACGCAAAUGCGGCCGCGAUCCAGAGGUUGCUGAUAAGAAAUUUCUCCUGUACUUCGACCUCACACAAUGUUCUUCGCCGAUUGUCCUCAUCGCCGGCUGUCCGACUCCGCAGGUCUGCGUCAGUCAAUGUCCUCAAGAGAACCGCUUCGCCGUCCCCUACGGCCUGGACGAGCGUCUCUGCACAGAUGCUGCCCGCAGAAGCCUGACCUGCCGGCCGGGGGUGAACCCGAUGGACCGCAGUCGCUCCUGCAGAAGUCUUCUUCGAGACACCGAUGACUGCGCGCCGUAUACCUUCCGCAGCGCUGCGGUGCUGGGACGCUGUGUCCCUAACCUCGGCAUCGGCGAUUUUGAUGAGGAUAAUGACAAGGUCAAAGAUGCAGAUGGCAAGGAGAUGAAUGUCACCAUGGACGCGCUCUACAAGGGAGCUGAGAAGCUGGGUGUCUUCGUCAGCCUCAAGGACUUCGGUGUGGAGGCGGUCAGCGACUACCGCGAGUCCUGGUGGGUGAUCGUGCUGGCCCUGGUAGCCUGCAUGGUCGUCUCACUGCUCUGGAUCCUGCUGAUGCGCUUCGUCGCCGGUCUGAUGGUGUGGCUCGCCCUCCUGGGCUCCCUCGCCGGCCUCAUCGGUGGCUGUGUCUACACGUUCAUCCGGUGGAGACAGCUGGCUGAUGUGCCUGGGGCUGAUAAGAAGAUUAACCCGCUGGAUGCGUUCACGAAGGGGUUUGAUUCGUUCCUGGAGCUGCAGCAGACGUGGUUGAUCUUCUUCAUCAUCCUCUGCGUGCUGGCGACGAUCCUGCUGCUGGUGGUGCUGAUCCUCUGCAAGAGACUUCGCGUGGCAAUAGAGGUGAUCGAUCAUGCAAGUCGAGCGGUGACCUCGACGUUAUCGACGUUGGCGUUUCCGCUACUCCCGUGGCUUCUUCAGCUGGGAACUGUAGUGCUUUUUACAACACUGGCUCUGUACAUUGCCUCCAUGGGAAGAGCCAAGUACCUGGUCUCGUCUCUGCCGCAGUCCUGCAGGAAUGUAUGCGGAGGGUACGUCUUCAAUGGCACCUGUGACCCGGACGCAUUCGAGAAGAGCUGCAGGACUGACUGCCCUGAGGCCGAGUGCCGCUUCGUCCAGUACGAGAAGUUCGAGAUCGUACCUUACUUACACGCCUACAACAUCUUCGCCAUGUUCUGGUCGCUGUUCUUCCUGUCUGCGAUGGGCGAGAUGGUUCUGGCCGGCGCCUUCUCCUCCUGGUACUGGACGUUCGACAAGUCCAAGAACCUGCCGCCGGCGCCACUCUCCUCCAGCAUGGGCCGCACCUUCCGCUACCACUUGGGCACGCUGGCGUUCGGGUCGCUCAUCAUCGCCAUCAUACGUGUCAUCAGGGUGACACUCGAGUAUAUCUACAAGAAGUGCAAGAGCAAGCCGGGCAGUCAAGUGGCGAGGGCGAUUCUCUGCUGCUGCCGUUGCUGCAUGUGGUGCCUGGAGAAAUUCAUGCGCUUCAUCAACCGUAACGCGUACAUCAUGACGGCCACGUACGGCACCAACUUCUGCAAGUCCGCAAGAGACGCCUUCAUGCUCAUCAUGCGUAACGUCUUGCGAGUGAUUGCCGUUGACGCCGUCUGCGACUUUUUGCUGUUCCUCGGCAAAGCGCUGAUCACGAUUGGAAUCACGGUGGCUUCAUUCUACUUCUUAGAUCACCGAAUACCGAUCGAAGGACUGGAUAAGUUUGUUCCGGAGACGCACUACAGCUGGUUGCCCGUGGUCACGAUCGCCGUCGGCUGUUUCUUCAUCAGCAGUCUGUUCUUCAGCGUUUACAACAUGGCAGUGGACACGCUGUUCCUCUGCUUCCUGGAGGACCUGGAAAGGAAUGAUGGGUCCGAGGAGAGGCCCUACUACAUGUCGAAGGAUAUGAUGAAGGUCUUGGGAAAGAAAAAUAGGCGAGUGAAAGCGGACUGAAGGCGGGGGAGCUGUGGCAGAUUUGAAACGGUAAGCUCGUGAACGGCCACUAACAUCACAUUCACAAACAUGGUGAGAAGCGCAAAAAUCAAAGUGAAGGCUGUCGUCAUAAAAUGACAUGAUAAACACAACAGUGUUCACAAUACAAUUAGGUUCAAAUGAAGCCGACAAUAACUUCUGACAAUACUUUUUGAAGAAAAAAAAAAACGUUCUGAUGUUGGCUGCUUUAAAAAUGUUCGAUGUUGUUACAUUUCAUCCAAUGUGUUACAACAUGAUUCAAGUGUCUAAACUAGUUACUCCACUUGAAUGGUUGGUGUAUGAACUGUGAACCCCCUGGGAAUUGCGUGAUAGCGUCCGAUGUUGAGCGGCUGUUGUCUGCAAGUGCGCACCACUGUCCAGUAUUCAAGUUGUAAUGUCACUUGUGGUGUAGAAGUACAACACGAACACAGGUUAACCCAGUGAUCAUGCACAUUGUAAGGUACCCAUUUUGAAAUGUCCCUUUGGCUUUUUCGAGGUCUUUUAUGCUGUUGUCAGUCCCCAAAAAUCAGUAAUCACCAUGUUUGUGAUGCUAUUUGCUUAUAGCCUUGAUAGAUGAUUACCAGAUUGUGAGCUGAGCCUGAUUGCUUCGUUUUUUUAUAUAAGAUCCGAGUAUGUGCGCUGAAGAUCAUUUGCUACGAACUCACAACUUUCGUGGCUUUCAUUUCUAGCAUAUCUUUCAUCCAAGGCGAAUGCGCCGUACAAAAUGAUGAAAAUUUUCAAUGUUUUGUACAAGUGCUUCAUAUUUCAGCUCCGUUUUCAAUCCUGUCUUCUAAUAAAUCGUGCCAAGAGCGUGUGCAAAACGGUUAUGGUGAUCUGGAGUGAAUAAUACAGCAAAUUCGUUUUCUA